CAGUCAAAAUCUUCACUUUUCCGUAUUAUUUAAUGCUUGUCGCUGCAACUACCCAGACUCAAUUGUUCCAACUCCCAAGUCGAACUCAGUGGAGAAGAAGGUUGAAAAUCUGGAAGGAUAGAUCUUCAUCAUCAUCGUCAUCAUCAAUGACACCACCUCCUAUUCUGUCAUUAGCCCUUCCAUCUGGAACAGGUCGAGUAUUAAGCAUCCAAUCUCAUACUGUCCAGGGAUAUGUUGGCAAUAAAUCAGCUGUCUUUCCUCUUCAACUUCUUGGCUUCGAUGUGGAUCCUAUCAAGUCUGUUCAAUUCUCCAAUCACACAGGAUAUCCUACAUUUAAGGGCCAAGUUUUGAAUGGACAACAGCUAUGGGAAUUAAUAGAAGGACUAGAAGCGAACAAUUUACUGUACUACACUCAUUUGUUAACAGGUUAUAUUGGUUCAGUUUCAUUUCUGGACACUGUUUUGCGAGUUGCUGAUAAGCUGCGCUCAAUCAACCCAAAUUUGCAAUAUGUUUGUGAUCCAGUUAUGGGUGAUGAAGGAAAGCUUUAUGUACCUCAGGAACUAGUAUCUGUAUACCGUGAGAAGGUUGUCCCAGUAGCUUCCAUGUUGACUCCAAACCAAUUUGAAGCAGAACAGUUGACAGGUUUCAGGAUUGAUUCAGAAUCAGCUGGUUUGGAAGCUUGUAACAUUCUUCAUGGAUUUGGACCUUCAAAGGUUGUGAUCACAAGUGUGCAUCUAGGGGAUAGUCUCUUUCUACUUGGGAGCCAUCAAAAAGUAAAGGGUCAGCCUCCUGAACAAUUCAAGAUCGUGAUACCAAAAAUCCCUGCAUACUUUACGGGAACAGGGGAUCUUACAACAGCACUGCUACUGGGAUGGAGCAAUAAAUACCCAGACAACCUCGAUAAAGCAUCAGAGUUUGCAGUUUCAACCUUACAGCAGUUUGGACAUUCGGUUGGUCCAGAGCCAGGAGGACAUCAGGAGCCCUAUGGUUAACUUUAAGGCACAUACUUAUAAGUAGAUGGCAAUUUUCAUACACAUGUUUACCUUCGUGGAACUUCAUAUACAACAUAUGGUCAUUGGUUUUGUGAAACUCAGGCAAACAAUAUUCUUCUAUUUAAAAUGUUAUUAUUCCCUCAACCUUUAGUAUAUGAGCACAGAUCCGUUGACAGGCUCGAAACACACAGGAUUUAACAGUGACGAGUAUUAUUAUUAUAUCAACCUUUCUUUAGAUAUAGGAAAUAGUGUUAUACAUUUGUAGUUAAAAAGGAAUAAAGUCAAGUACCUUGACGUAGACAGCAUACAUAAUAACUCCCUUCUUGUUAAUGAUUCUUUUUCAAGUAUGUAAUGAUGUCCCCUCUUGUUUUACGAUGUGAUUCGAGUUUCCUGAAAACUAGCGUCACUGUUGAACUUUAGUCAAAGUAUAACAACGUUCGAAGUAUUUUAACAUGUCAAGUUUUCUGGCAAAA